AUUUAAUUAAUAAAAAUAAUGAGUAAUUACAUACCUGAGACUAGGACCUUUGGUAAAUUUGAUCCUUUAUUUACCAAUAAGUAUGAUAAAGUAGGACCAGAAUUUGGAGUAUUAUAAUAAUGUAGAGUUAUUGGCAAAUAUUUUAGUGAAAAGUGAUUAUCUUGCAGCAAAUGUUGGAAAGUUUGAGGUACAAGCUGAGAUUCCUUAAUAAAUUGAAGGAUUGGUUAGAAGGACAGCUAUAACAUGUAAGAGUAUAGAUUGAUAAGUAAAGAAAGAACUCCAGCAACAAUGGCAUGGUUUAGAAGAACAACUUCAUUUGAAAGAAAUGGAAUUUUCAAUAUUCAUACUCCAGUUAUGAAUACUAGAAUAUUACCUUGGAUAUUCUUCAUUUUCAUAGCCUAUGGUUGGUAAGGUUUCUAAGUUUCUUCAUGGAACAGUGUUUAAAAGAAAGAUUCCAAUGAGCCGUAAAAAUAUUUGAAUUAUAUUAUAUAGUCGUAAUACUCCUUAUGAUAAAUUAUCUUUGAGAGAAUUACCACCUGCUAAGAGUUGGGCUAGACCAGGUUGAGUAGGUUAAAUGAAUAAUAAUAAUUAUUAUUAUUAUAUGAUCAAUCAAAACA